AUGGCAGAAUUUAUCAUUCAGUUUGAAAGUGGGAAGCAUAGGUCAGAAGCAAUAGUGCUAAACUUACAUCAGGGUAAUUACAAACGAAUGAGGGCAGAGGAAGUUGGGCUUCACAGGAAAAGAUUCCGAUUGCCCCUUUUCAGACUCAACCUUGACAAAUCCGAAAUAAACACAGAAGAUGGUGGAUACUGGGAAUCUGACGUAAAUUCAGACAAUGCUGAAGAAACACGACAGGUCUACAAACUUCUGAUGGAGCCACCAGGGUAUUACCACUUUUUCUUAAUAAAGGGGCACCUUUCAAGAUACAAUUUAUUUGUGUCAGCAGCUGUAGUACCUCUGGCACCAUCAGGGAUCAGUGGCUGCACAGAAACAGACGAAUGGGUGAUGUAUCAUUUCAGUGCUCACUUUGAAGCUGUAUUCUAUCAUACCCUUGCUGCAAUUGGCGUCCCAGGCCAGAAAAUGAUCUACAAGUGUAUGUUAGGGAGUGUGAUAAAGUACUCAAAACUUUCCUGGAAGGAAGCUGUUUUAACAUCAUUCAGCAAACUUGAAACCAUCCGAAUUGGUUCUCGUAAAAUGCUUCAAGUGAUCAUCAUUGUGGUUUUGGCAGGAUUGUUAACUUUCAUAACAACUAUCGGAAACAUUUUGGUCAUUCUUUCCAUCAUAUUCAACAGACAUUUGAAGACUAUUAACAACUAUUUUAUUUUAAGUUUAGCCUUCUCUGAUUUGAUUGUUGCUGUAGUGUGCAUGAAUCUAUACACCAUUUACAAUGCAUUUGGCUACUGGCCAAUGGGCCCAGUGGUAUGUGAUUUAUGGCUUGCCUUAGACCAUGUUGUCAAUAAUGCAUCCUCCAUGAACCUCGUUGUCAUCAGCUUUGACCGCUAUUUCUGUGUCACGAAGCCUUUGAGCUAUCCUGUGAAGAGGACACCUCAGAUGGCAUUGAUGAUGAUCACAGCUGCUUGGGUGCUGCCAUUCAUCUUGUGGGCUCCCUCCAUUCUCUUAUGGCAGUUCAUUGUGGGGACACGGACAGUUCAUGAGGGUCAAUGUUACAUUCAGUUCCUUUCAAACCCAGCUGUCACUCUUGGCAUUCUUAUUAUGGCUUUCUAUCUCCCCGCUUUCAUCAUGGCUGUCCUGUAUGUGUGCAUAUCCCAUGCCAGUAAGAGUCGAAUAAAGGAUGACAAGGAAUACUCGGAAUCAAGCAAGGACACAUUAUGUUGCAGUCCAAUUCAGCAAAAGCCAAAAAAACGAAUGAGCGACAUCUUAUCAACUGCUUCCAAUUGGUUGCUGCAUAUCAAGAGCAAAAUACCAAAUGAGAUAACAAUGGAUACUUUUGCCCAAGGAGAGUUCAAAGUCGUUUCCAAUGAGAAUACUUCAUUUAGUUCAAUGGCAUCAAACCAAAUGAAUGAAGAAACAAUUCAAGAGAGUACAAAUAUUUUUACCAUACAAAGCCAUUUGCGGGCAGCCGAUGCCAAGCUUUCUUGUGUAACGAUACUUAGCCAAUCUAACACUGCCCAUGAUGGCACCAGCAGAGUAGAAACAGUAUCAGGCUUCACCAUCGAUAACAGGAAUGAGAGAAAUAUUGGAGAAGGCCAUUGUACAAUGAAUCCAAGCAAGACUCCUGCUAAGAUAAAGAAACUAGGUGCCUCCCGAGAGAAGAAGGUGACGAGGACCAUCAUGGCUAUUGUUUUGGCAUUUCUUAUCACAUGGACCCCUUAUGUUUCCAUACUGCUUGCUGACACCUUCUGCUCAGUGUCUGUCCCAAAUAUUGUCUGGAACUUAGGAUAUUGGUUGUGUUACACCAACAGUGCCAUCAACCCUGUCUGCUACGCACUGUGUAAUAACACAUUCAAGAAAACCUUCAAGUAUCUUCUGUUAUGUCAAUACAAGAAAUUCAUUACAGCAAGAUGA